AUGUUGUAUGCUACUGGAUUCAAAACCGAGGAUAUGGAUAAGGCUCAAAUCGGAGUCGGUUCUGUUUGGUGGAGUGGUAACCCAUGUAACAUGCACUUGAUGGAUUUGAACGACCAGUGCACAGAUUCUGUGAACAAGGCUGGAUUGAAGGGUAUGCAGUUCAACUCCAUUGGUGUUUCCGACGGUAUUACCAACGGUACGGAGGGAAUGAAGUUCUCCUUGCAGUCUCGUGAGAUCAUUGCUGACUCUUUCGAGACUUUGAUCAUGGCCCAGAUGUACGAUGGGUCUAUUGCAAUCCCAUCUUGUGACAAGAACAUGCCUGGCGUGCUUAUGGCCAUGGGUAGACACAACAGACCUUCUUUGAUGGUUUACGGUGGUACAAUCUUACCCGGCUCCCCAUCUUGUGGUGCUACAGCGGAAAUUCCAGACAAGAUUGACAUUAUCUCGGCUUUUCAGUCCUACGGGCAGUAUUUGUCAGACCAAAUCACCGAAGAGCAAAGAAUGGACGUGGUGCAACACGCAUGUCCUGGUCCAGGAGCUUGUGGAGGUAUGUACACCGCCAACACAAUGGCUUCUGCUGCUGAGGUUAUGGGUAUGACAUUGCCUUUCUCUUCCUCUGCGCCAGCUGUCUCAAAGGAGAAAGCUGCAGAAUGUGCUUCUGUCGGUGAAGCUAUCAAAAACUUGUUAAAGUUGGACUUGAAGCCACGUGAAAUCAUGACAAAGAAAGCUUUUGAGAAUGCCAUCACAUACAUCAUUGCUACCGGUGGUUCCACAAACGCCGUCUUGCACAUCAUUGCCAUCGCUUCUUCUGUGGGUAUUGAAAUCACUGUGGACGAUUUCCAGCGCCUCUCUGACAACACACCUUUGUUAGCUGACUUUAAGCCAUCUGGAAAAUACGUCAUGGCUGAUUUGCAAACUGUGGGAAGGAACUCCAGCAGUGAUGAAAAUGUUGUUGGCUGA